GGUGAACCCCUCUGGAUAUUCAAUUUGGUAUUGCAAUUUUCGGGCCUUUUUUUUUUCUGGGCUGAAGUGCAACGUAAAGGGGCUCAAUAUGUGAUUGUAAAACCUGGAUCAGCCCAAAUUUCCAACGUUAGGCGCCAAGUUUCCAAGAACAAGAAAAAGAAAAUCAUUUCAGCUGGCUCGUCCGGCAAACUCUUUCUCUAGUUUUGCUGAGCAAGAACUAACGAGAGCAAUCUAGACAAUGUCUGCAAUCAGAGCAAUUGGUAGGACGCUUUUUGCUGCAGUCAAGGCUGACACUUCAUCCGCAUCUUCUGCAGCUGCAGCUGCUGCUUCCACUGCUAGGACUAAACAUAACCCUCUUGAGAAUUUCUUCGAGGCUGACAGAAGUCCAGAUGAUGACAAGCCUGUUGUAUAUGGUAGGGGCUGGAAAGCUUCUGAAUUGCGCCUUAAAUCAUGGGAUGAUCUUCAGAAGUUAUGGUUUGUUCUAUUAAAGGAGAAAAACAUGUUGAUGACCCAACGCCAGAUGCUUCAUGCUCAGAACCUACGUUUUGCAAAUCCAGAACGUAUCUCCAAGGUAAGGAAAUCGAUGUGCCGAAUAAAGCAUGUACUGACUGAGAGAGCAAUUGAAGAACCAGAUCCGAGGAGGUCAGCGGAGAUGAAAAGAAUGAUAAAUGCUCUAUAAUAUCCUCAGUUUAGUACUACAGGCUUACUUGCUUUUACAGUUGGACUUGGGGAUAUCUCUGAUCCAUGCUCUUAUUUUAGUAGUCUAAAGGUAGGGUUUCUGGAUUUUGUGUUCUAAUAUUGUCCUCGGAUAAAACGGAUAAACGGACGGAUUUUCUAUCACAUUGUUAAUGUAUCUCAAUGGAACUGCAAGGAUUUUUUGUUUUUAGGACC